AUGGACGCGACGAGUCAAGGGAACAGCGCGUCAGCGCUGUCCAACGACAAGAUCUUUGUGCUGACUCGCGUCUACCUGGCAGCCUUAUCUCUGAGCCUCGUCGGCAGCAGCUCGGUCCUUGCUGUAUCCACCCUCAGGAGGAGAUGCUUCCACAGCCAGCUGCGCCCCCUCUUCCUUCUGUCCCUGGCAGACUUCCUGGCUGCCUUGGUGCUGAUCAUCACGGCUGCCAUCCAGCUCCUUCCAGCCCAGCGCUUUGUCCUGGCUUACGAGUUCUGCCCCUAUGGCCUGAUGCUGGCCAUGAUGUUCUACGCGAUCUCCUUCCUGAUGGUCAUUGUCUACGCGUACGAGGUGAACCGCACCAUCCGUGGCUGGAGAGUGACGCACGUGACCGCUCUGCAGGAGAGGCGCAGGUGCACGGAGAGGGCACAGCACUGCCUGCCCUACGUCCUGGCCUGGCUGCUCCCCGCCCUCACGUUCCUGGGCCAGCUGCUGUUGAGAGGCGCGUCGGUGAGAGACAUCGCUCCCAUGUCCAUCGAACCCGUCCUGCCCCGUACGGCCAACCACUCCCGAGGGGCCGACAGCCUGUACUGCUCCAGCUGCCUGAUCCUCAUCCACCGCUCCCAGGACGUCUGCUAUAAGUACACAGGUGGGAAGGACACGGGCCUGGAGAUGAAAAUCAUCUUCUUCAUGUACCUGCUGCUAGUGCUCAGCUGCAGCACAUUCCUCUACUGCAGGGUGAAGCUCUGGUGCAGGAGGAACAGUGAGGUGCGGUUUCUGAACAUGGAGAAUGACGGCUUCGCCAGCAGGAACAUCCAGAGCGUGUGCAAAAUUUCUCGCUGCUUCCAGCUGGUUUUCCUGAUCUGCUGGACACCAGCCUUCCUGCUCAGCAUCCUCUCCUUCACCAGCAUCGAGCCCACCUCCCUCUUUGCACUUCAUGUUGCCAUGGCCGUGACCAUGUCCCUCCAAGGGCUCCUGCACAGUUUGGUCUACGGCUGGCUGCGGCAGAACUUCCGCCAGGAGGCUCUCGGGGAGACGCUCCCCUUGAGAUACUACCCCGGCCUCAAAGCCUUCUACGACGAAUCGUUUGGUGUUGAGUGCUAGGAGAGUGCCUGCAUCAUUCUCUGCUACUCGCUGGGCCCCAAGUCUGCAGCAGCCGAUGGGCAUUUCGUAGGAGCACUACACAGCUUCUCUCCUCACUGGGGGCUGUUCCCCCUGGACACUGCACCAGGCACUAAGGAAUCAGCCCUGUACUGACUUUGUGGAAAACAGGGACUGGCACUGAUUUCACCACCCUUCUGGCUCACAAGAAAUAACUUUGCAAACACGGCGUUAGAGCCACACCUGCUCCUGGAAGCAAGCUGGCUGGGGCCAGCAACCCCGGCUGGAGAGGCAGCUGCUUAGCCAAAGCAGCAACAUCGUUAGCAACUGUUGUGUGACCAACUGGGGUUUGCUUCAGGGCAGUUAAAGGCCCAGAGCUGAUGCUGGCUGCAAGGGAGAAGAGGCCAAGGCCUCACUUAAAU